UCGCCCUGCUUCCAAAAAGAUAUCUCUGUCUGUCAAAGUGUUUUUGUUACAUUUAUCGGAUUCCUCGUCGCAAUUCAAGAUAAGAGAACAAUUAAACAAUUUGCUCGCAGUACCCAUCUACAUAUGCUCCUGAAAAAAGAAAGACUUGGGAAUUUCAAUAAACACAUUUUUCAUAAUGUGUACUUUAUUCGUUGGUCAUCGAGUUUCUCGAGGAUACAGCAGCGUUUUUACGGCGUACUAAACUCUUUCCCUGAAUCACGUUCACACACAUGACUCUUUGUCAAGCAAAACAAAAUGACUGAAAUUGAUUUUUAUGAUGACAACGUUGAUGUGAAUCGUCAAUGUUGCGUAUCAAUGAUGAACGAUGAAAAUUACACUACUCAGUUUCUUCAGAUUGAAGAUUAUAAUGUAGCCAAUGAGGAAAUUAAUCAAUGGCUUGAUUGUGCACCAACAGCUCCAAUGGACAAAGGAUUCGUUAAAUUGUUUUUACAAGUCGAUGUUAAGAUGAAUAGUACUAUGGUGAACAUGACUAAUCUGCUUUACAGAGCUAUUGAGCUUGAAAAUGAGGAAAAUGUUCAAUUGCUCUUGGAUUAUGGGGCGAAAGUAGACAUAAAAGAUAUUUUUGGCAAGACUCCCUUGCAUUGUACUGCUAGUCCAGGAUGUCAGGAUAGAAGAAAAAUGUCAAGAAUAGCAAAGUUACUUUUGGACAAAUCAUCUGAUCCCAAGUCUUUGUUGAACGAGUGCACGAACGCGGGAGAAACGGCCCUUCACUGGGCAGUGACGAGUAACAAGAAGGAACUGAUCAAGUUGUACCUGCAAUACGGGGCAAACGUCAACGCCAAAAGAAGAGACGGAAAGACUUCCUUGUACAUAUCGGUGGAGCACAAAAACGUCGAUGCAGCCGCGUUGUUGUUGAAAAAUCAAGCCAAAGUGAACGAGCGAACGAUAUGCGGGACAACGGCCCUGCACGAAGCUGUGAAGCAAAAGGCCGAAAGGAUGGCGAGAUUGCUGUUGAACCACGGCGCCAAGGCAAACGCAAGGGACAUGGACGGGAAAACGCCGCUUCACUUGGCAGCCGAACUGAAUUACCUGGACGAAGCGACGAUGGACAAGAUAGUGAAGUUGCUCUUGAACAACGGGGCCGAGGUCAACGACCGCGCAAACUCGGGGGAAACUGCCUUCCACUGCGCCAUAGUCGACGGCAACGAAAGGCUCGUGAGGCUGUUCCUGGAUCACGGGGCUCGGGUCAACUCGACGGACUUUGACGGGAAGAGCUGCCUACACUUUGCCAUCCGGCACAGCAACAGGAGCAUCGUGAAGCUGUUGUUGGACAGAGGAGCCGAGAUCGGGGCCAGGACCGACGAGGGUCUGACCGCGCUUCACGUGGCCGUGGUCGUCGAGGAUGAGAACAUGGUGAAGGUGCUGCUCGAGUACGAGGCGGAUGUCAACGCGACCGACGAGAACGGCAGGACGCCUCUGUCCCUGGCCUUCGAGGUGGCCCACAUGAGGAGCAUAUACAACCCUUGGAACGGCUUCUACCCGAUAAACUCCCAAGCUGGCUGCGACGACAACAUCUUCGAGCUCCUGAUUAAGCACAUAGCUAUGCUGGGCCAGGUGUGCGAGGAGAACUUUCGGGUGAUGAGCGGCAACGAGAAGCUGACGGUGUUUUACAGGCGCUGCCAAACGGAGAUGGGGAGGAUGAGGGAGGCCAAGGUGUGCGACAACAUAUCGAUGCACGGGGUGCUCACGCGGGACAUAAACACCGGGCUCGUGGGUUACGCGAGGAAUGAGAAUUUGUCGAGGGUGUUCGAGUCGGGCGUGUGCGAGCUCGACUUUCCGAUUUACUAUCGCGUUUUGCGCGACAGGUUUUACAAGGCCGAUCACAGGAGGAGGAUGCUCGAGCCGUCGGCGGUGAAUUUGGCUCUCCUCGUCAGGCCCAUUGUUAUGCCGGAGCUCGUUGUCAAUAAGAUUCUUGCUUAUCUCAGGACCGAGGAUUUGGUCAACCUGGGCACGACCUGGUGAUCCGAUAUUUCGUCACUUAGAAUUUCUUUUUUUUUCUCUAUUGCAUUUGCAA